GAUCUAACAGAUCUUUCGCAUUGCAGGCACCAGUCUAAGGGUCUACCUCGGCGAGAUAUUCAUUUGAUCAACUGGGGCUGAGCUCAGAAGGGGUGUUUAGAAAGAAAAGGUCCAGCGCAAGACACCGAUUCUUCAGAGACGACAAGGAGGAGGAAGAGGGGGCUGUGUAUUGAAGGUCCCCGAGGACAAGAAACAGGCAGGCGGCAACCGUCUCCUUCCAUCGCCUUUCUCCAUGAGCACUUCCCGCAGGACUGGGGACGACUUGGAGAGAGCCGCCGCUCGACGGGACGCGCCGAGGCAGCCCGCGCCGCGGGGACUGGUGGCCCGAGAGGCGUGAGGAGGAGGAGGAGACGGAGGGCUGAGCACCGUCCACCCCGCGAGGCACCAUGCCCAGGUCCUUUCUGGUGAAGAGCAAGAAGGCGCACAGCUACCACCAGCCCCGAGCCCCCGACGGGGAGUACAGCCUCAGCCUGGAGAGCGUCCUGGCACAGAUCUGCGCAGACACUAAAGUUCCGGGGCAGAUGCCUCUGGGCCUCCCGGAGCCUGAGCCCUCGCAGGGCCGCUUCUCCCCGGAAUCUCAGCUGCCCGACGGGGCGGACGGCACCUCGGAGUCGGCUCCCAGCUGCGAGGGCAGCCUCUGCGACCGAGCCGCGGAGCUGGAGGAUUUGUGGAGACCGCCUUCUCCCUCGGCUUCCCCAGCCUCUGAGCGCUCCAUCUGCCCCUCCUUGGAUGAAGCUCCCCCCUUCUCGGUGCCCUUGAAGCCCUAUGCCUGGAGUAGCCUUGGGAAUUCUGAGCUGAGACAUUUGGUCCAGAGCUACAGGCCCUGCCCAGGUCUGGAACGUAGCUCAUCCCUUGGUCUCUUCUGCGAGAGGGGAUCUGAGCCUGCUCUCUAUGGAUCGGAGCGCAGCUCAGCGCUGGGACUCUAUGGUGACUAUGGCUCCUCUGGACUCUUUGAGCGGCCAGCAGCAGCCUCUGGGAUCUACGUGGAAGGCCCACCUGGACUCCAACAGGAGAAGAGUGCAAGUAGCAUCAAACUGGAAUCAGAGCUCCUCUGUCGCCCCCUGUUAAUCAGCACUGGUUCCUACAAGUGUGUCAAAUGCAGCAAGGUCUUCUCCACUCCUCACGGCCUGGAGGUGCACGUUCGUCGUUCGCACAGCGGCACCAGGCCCUUCGCUUGUGAAAUGUGUGGCAAGACAUUUGGCCAUGCAGUUAGCCUGGAGCAGCAUAAAGCUGUGCACUCACAGGAGCGCAGCUUUGAUUGUAAGAUCUGUGGUAAGAGCUUCAAGAGAUCCUCCACGUUGUCUACCCAUCUUCUCAUCCACUCAGACACUCGGCCUUAUCCAUGCCAGUACUGUGGGAAGAGAUUUCACCAGAAAUCCGACAUGAAGAAGCACACUUUCAUCCAUACAGGUGAGAAGCCCCACAAGUGCCAGGUGUGCGGCAAAGCCUUCAGCCAGAGUUCCAAUCUCAUCACCCAUAGUCGGAAGCACACGGGCUUCAAGCCCUUUGGCUGCGAUCUGUGUGGCAAAGGCUUCCAGAGAAAAGUGGAUUUGCGGAGGCACCGAGAGACGCAACAUGGUCUGAAAUGAGAGCCAUGCAGAAUCCGGGCGGGGAGGGGGAGGGAACCCAGGGAACCCCCAAAACACUAUGUCAACAGACUUUUCCUCCUCCCUUAGUGGGCUGCCCUCUUCCUGCCCCCGCCUCUCUUGUCUGGCCACUUCCUGCCAUGUUCUCACUAAACAGGAAGCCAGAGCAGACUGGCCAGCAUUUUGUAGAACUUCACCAAAAGGUCUUAGGAUGAAAAUGGAACGCCAAGGCUGAAGGAAGGUGGGGUGAAGUCUUUUUCCCCACCCUGUGUCUAUUCCUUUAAAAUUAAACACUGGAAAAAUAACAUGCACACCCCACCGCCUUAAAGCCCCCAAAGUCUUUGUAUACAUAAGCUACUGGUGCCUAUGAACCAGAAAGUCCUUUAAAAAAUGAAUUUCCCAGCUAACCCUUGAUUUCCUGAAAGUUAUUUUUUAUCUGGGAAAUCUAAACUACCUGAGUUUACAUGGUCAACACACUGAGCAGCUUGACAAAGGAGAGAGAGUGACUGUAUUUGAUUUUCUACCGUUUAACAACUUGCGACUGGUUUUCAUCCAUUAUUUGGACCUGGGACCUCAAGGCCUUUUCCAGAGUUUAUAGAGCUCCUAUUAGGCAGCUUCCUAGGACUGCUCCCAGUUAACUGGUCCUAGGCUCCAAAUUUAGGAGUAUUGGAUUGUGGCCCAAUACAUUUUUCCAGCUGAGGGAAAGAGCCCCUUGGCUACUUCAGCCAACCUUGCCUAGUCCUGGUUGAGAAUGCCUGAAUAAGUUGGAGGGCAGCAUUUCGAUGUUGUGCAGAGUCCGGCAUUCCCCACAUGCUCCUCACAUGUGUUUCACCAAGAUGUCAUCUCUAAUUUUUAGUCUUCGUUGCACACCCAGGCCAGGUGUUAAUCUCCAGUAGCUCCCUUCAUGCCAGGGAUUUGCAACUUUUAGGACAACACAAUGCUCCUG